AUGCGACUCCUAUUAACCCUCCUCGGGGUGCUUGCCCUCCUGGCAUUCGCCCGUGCCGAUGCUUCCCUCCCCGUGUCAACCGACAUCCUCUACUGGCCCGUGGGUGCUUCGCAGCCCUCCGUCCUCGCGCGCGUCGCCUAUGACCCGACGUCGUUGAAUUCCGACGUCGUGUCGUACCACCCGCCUAAAGAUCAGGCUGGCCUCGUUCGUGUCGGCCUCUACAUUCCCGGCUCCAAGAAAUGGGUCGGUAGCGUCGUGUCGUCGUCCUCCUUGGCUGGUGAACAGCUUCAGCCAAUCUUCCGUCUUCAUCUCGGCCCCGCCAACCAAGUCUACCACGUGUCCCUGAUGGCGUCCUCUGCCCCCGUGGCUAAGGACUCGACUACCAAAGCCCAGGUUGAACUCGUCUCGAACGAAGCAGGGGUGCAACCGCACCUCAAUCGGCCAGUGGUUGUCAACCCCGAUGGUCAGAACACGGAGGAGGUACCGGAGAAGGGUUUAUUGCAAAGGUACUGGUGGGUCCUCUUGAUCAUCAUGUUCCUGGGCAUGUCUGGUGGCGGAGAAGAGCAGUCAUAA